GCGAGGUGCUCGCGCGCAGUAUUGUAUAACAGUUGUGUGAGUGACGUGAUCUGUGUUUUUUGUAAGCGAAUGUGGAACAGUACUUUUGCUCUCGUUAAGAGCGAUGCGCAGCUGAUUCAAAAUGGGAGUGUUAACAACAGUUUCGGCAGCUGCUAAAGCAGCGCUCACAAUAGGGGGGAUAGGCAAGCUGACAUUCAUACCCCUCAUGUUGGCAGCCAUGGCUUACUUCAACUACGAUCUCCUAGAUCCAGAGAACAGGCCGUUUAACCAAAAGUAUCUACGGGAAGAGUAUGAUUUCAUCAUCGUAGGAGGAGGCUCCGCUGGGUCUGUUCUAGCGAAUAGACUGACAGAAAUCGAAGGCUGGAAUGUCCUUUUAUUGGAAGCAGGAGGACACGAAAAUGAUAUUAGCGAUGUACCAUUAUUAUCCUUGUAUCUUCACAAAAGCAAACUGGAUUGGAAAUACCGGACUGAACCUCAAGACUCGGCCUGUCAAGCUAUGAUAGAUACACGUUGUAGUUGGACCAAAGGAAAAGUACUCGGUGGAUCAUCCGUCCUUAACACCAUGCUUUACAUUCGUGGCAACAAACGAGACUUUGAUCAGUGGGAAUCAUUUGGCAACCCUGGGUGGGGAUAUGAUGAUGUCUUACCAUAUUUCAAAAAGUCUGAAGAUCAAAGAAAUCCUUACUUAGCUAAAAAUACCAAACAUCACUCAGUCGGUGGAUAUCUGACAGUACAAGAUGCUCCAUACAAUACACCAAUUGGCGCAGCUUUUCUACAAGCUGGUGAAGAAACAGGCUACGAUAUAAUAGAUGUAAAUGGAGCACAACAAACAGGCUAUGCUUGGUACCAAUUUACCAUGCGAAGAGGAACCAGAUGUUCCACAGCAAAGGCCUUUCUCAGGCCCGUUCGAUUACGACAAAACCUGCAUAUUUCUCUAUUUUCUCAUGUAACCAAAGUUUUGAUUGAUCAAGAGAAGAAAAGAGCAUAUGGCGUUGAAUUUAUUAGAGAUACUGAAAAACAAGUUAUUUAUGCGAAACGUGAGGUUAUAUUAUCUGCGGGUGCGAUUGCAUCGCCUCAAUUGCUUAUGCUUUCAGGAGUUGGUCCGGCGAGUCACUUGAAAGAAGUAGGCAUUAAUGUUAUCUACGAUUCUCCUGGUGUUGGGAGAAAUUUGCAAGAUCACAUUGCUGUCGGUGGAAUCGUGUUUCAAGUCGACUAUCCCAUAAGUUUAGUCAUGAACAGACUUGUCAAUAUCAACUCAGCGUUGCGCUAUGCUGUAACAGAAAAUGGGCCAUUAACCUCUAGUAUUGGCUUGGAAGUAGUGGCCUUUAUAAAUACAAAAUAUGCCAAUGCAACAGAAGACUGGCCUGAUAUAGAGUUCAUGAUGACUUCAGCUUCGAUACCCUCAGACGGAGGAACUCAAGUUAAAAAAGCACAUGGGAUUACAGAUGAAUUUUAUGAAGAAAUGUUUGGUCAUAUAUCGAACAGAGACGUUUUUGGUAUUUUUCCCAUGAUGCUACGACCUAAGAGCCGUGGUUUUAUUAAACUGAGGUCUAAAAAUCCCUUAGAAUAUCCAAUUAUGAUACAUAAUUACCUAACACAUCCUGAUGAUGUCGGUGUCCUGCGGGAAGGUGUAAAAGCAGCCUUAGCAGUAGGGGAAACUAAGGCUAUGAAACGUUUAGGUGCCAGAUUUAAUGACAAACCAGUUCCUAAUUGCAAACAUUUACCCCUUUACACAGAUGAAUACUGGGAUUGUUAUAUCAGACAAUAUACUAUGACAAUAUACCAUCUCUCUUGUACCGCAAAGAUGGGCCCAUCUAGUGACCCCAUGGCAGUAGUGGACCCACAACUGCGGGUGUAUGGUGUAGAAGGUCUGCGUGUAAUUGAUGCAAGUAUUAUGCCGGCAGUUACAAACGGCAAUAUUAAUGCUCCAGUUAUUAUGAUUGCAGAAAAAGGAAGUGAUUUAAUAAAAGAAACAUGGUUACCAAAGACAAAUAAGAGGAAACGUAGAUCUUUAAAAUGUUCGAAAAUAGAGCAACUUUUUUCAAGAAGUAAUAGCCUUAAUACAAAAUGUAUGGUUGACAGAUGAUGAAGGGCUAUAAUAUUAGGUAAUUAAAUUUUCAAUAUGGCCAUAGAUCUACAGAAGGUUAAUUAGACUUCAAAUAAAUAUUAACAAUUUUGUUCACAUACUAAUAUGUCAUGAUACAUGUAAUAUUUCUAGUCUUUAUUUCAUCUAAAGUUACGAGUAUAUUGGGGAUGGAAUAGAAUAUGACAGUGUGAUUUGUGCAUUGUUAACUUGAUUGAACGUAUGGGGUACGGAAAAAAAAUGUUUUAAUUAUUUAAACAAGAGUUUUAGCUACAUAAUUUGUACUGUGGGUUGGACAAAAAAAAAAAAGAAAUACAUGAAUCAAGUAAUCAACCCACAUAUUAAAUAGAACCUGCCUAUUUUUUUUUAUUCAGCUGUUAGUGUCAUAUUCUCAAAUUCAAUACAAUGUGGUUCAUUUUGGCAUAACUGGGCCCACUUAUGAAAACGUACUCGUUAAGUCCGACCCGAGGAAAUUUUUACACUAAGUAUUACUUAAAUCAAGUUAUAAUAAUAUGGUUUGGUCUUGUAAAUAAAUAUACUAUUGUAAUCUUUUCUGUAAUAUAGUUACUGA